AAUAGACUUAUUGAGACUUAUUGUUUGUCUGAUUAUUAUGACUUUUAGAAGCUAAUGUUUAUUUUCAUUUUUCACGCGAUUUUCUAAGAUAUUUUUUUCAAAUCCUAAAUUAAAUCAGAAUGAAAUGCGAUGAAUUUGAAAAAAGUAAUCCACACCAUCACAAGAAUUUAGAAAACUUAGAUAAAGCUUUACACGACUUGGGCAUGCUUAGUGCAAUAACUGAAGCACGUAGAGAAUACCUCAAAGAAACGAAAACAAACAUCGGGGUAGUGCGUCUUAAUACAAGGUUCGUAUCCAACGUUACUGUUGGGUAUUGUAUGAAAAAAACAACUAUUAAAAACAGGCUGUGUCCCUAUUUAGUGCCCGUUCGACACAGGACUAAAAGUGAGAACUCGGAUUCGAUUUGUAAUAAUGAUUUUGAAAGUGAGCCGAAGUAUAGCAUUUUUGAACCUUCUACCAGUGGUAUAGGAGAUAUAGAUAUAAGAAAUUCAACAAAACGAUGUCAAUCUCUAGAGAAUAUAAAUCUGUUAAUAGAACAACAGCCUGCAUUUGAAACAUCACCGGAGAUGGAUUGUGUAUCUAAUCAAAUAGAAAAACUGCAAGUAGAUGAAUGACACAAACAACUUUAAUAAAUUCUUAUUUGUGGUAUAAAUGUUAGCAUGAAUAGCUGUUAGUAUAGGUUAAGUGUCUGUGUGCAAAUAACAUGAAAAUGUAUAAGUGUAAAUUAUUUGUUGCUAAUUAAUGAUAUUUUAGGUUUGUGUUUAAACACUUUUGUGUUCAUAUUAGAUACCUAUUUUGUAGGCAAAUUAAAAAGUAAUAAAUGUGAGAAUAAAUUAGUAAGAGUCUAUGAAGUCUGCUUUCCCAAAACAAGUCAAUUCACAAGGAAUUUCACAAAAUAAUAAACUGUUACAGUUAUGUAGCAUGAUUACUUUUUAAAGAGUUUCAUAUUUGGUUUAAUUUUUAAACAUCUUUCACUUUUUUAAACCAUAGAGAAGUAAGAGUUUCUGAUAGAGAUGUGAACCAUGUUCAUUCAACUUAUCUAUUUUUUUAAGGAGUAUUAACACAUUCAAUGCUAUAUCCAGAAAGUUUUAGUGUAGCUGUGUGACAUCAAUCAUAAUAUAUAUCUUUUAAAUUACUUCGUAAUUGGUCACAUAAAUACUAUGCCGGAGGCUUGGACAUAUUAAAUGUGAAUUUGCAAUGAAUGUGUUAAUAAUUCGGCUAUAUUCAUAAAUAUUUAUGGCCUGUAUUUAUUUUUCUGGAUAUGCAUUUAGACUAAGUUAGAUCUGUUUAUACUGAAAGUAAAUAAUGUUUCACAAUACAUUGCCAUACCUAACCCAAAAAGAAACUAAAAUAAUACCAAAUUUACAAGUGAGUCCAUGUAUUAAAUAAAACCUAAUUCAGUUAAAUAUAAAAUAGUCAAUCAUUCUACUUUAAUUCAUCUUAAAUAUUCAAUAGACCCCAGUUACCAAAUAAGCAGUAAAGGCAGAUAAACAAAGAAAAAGCUUUGUAACCUACUUCAAUCAGAAGUUUUUGUGGUCUCUAGUCUAUGAGUUCAAUUGUAUUUUCCUAUAAAACUUUCUUAGACAUUCACAUCAACUAUUUCAAUUAGCAUACACUUUAAAAUAUAAUAUUUAUUAACAUUUUAGACUAUUUUACAACAUUGUAACAUGUGCAAAAUAUUUCUUCCACUUUUAUUAUUUGAGAAUAUGUUCCUUAUUUGAUUGAUGUCUUAAAAUAUCCUCAACUUUCGGUUUAAACUCAUUCUUCCUAUCAGGUUUGAUUCAUUCUUUUUGCUCCACACUGUUCCUACCUCAGUUGUUCUUUUAUCAUUGCUUUGUACUAUGUCUUUUGUCUACACACAGACUUCUGUUGUACAACAUUAUUUAGUCUGUCUCACCACUCAUUAAUAUUUCACACUCUGAUUGACCUCACAUAUCUAAAUGCUACAUAUGUACAUACACAUCCUCAUUGUGCUAUGCAGCCUUUUCUAAUUUACUUAUCUAAGUAAUUAUGUUUUCAAGUAAUGGUAUAACUAAAUAAAUGUAUGGUAUGCCAUGAUAUAACUAAAUAAAUGUAUUUUUUUAUAUGUAUAAAAAGACAACUUUCUUUAUUAUAAAAAUUUUAUUUGUACCAAAAUUUAUGGAUGUUGCUGGACUCGAAGCCGCGCCUCUGGGGUUACAUCCAAAAGCACUCUUACCAACUGAGCCAACCAUCAUAAAUAAGUGGGGGCUUUUUUCAAUAAAUCAAACAUAAAAUUGGUCCAGUUCUUUUUAGUCCAUAGCAAACAUACACACAGUUUGUAUAUAGAUAAUAUACAUGACUCUCUUCUGUCAUAACUUAGAAGUAAUAAAGCAUAAUAUUAGGAAAAUCUAUAAAAUUUAAGAAAAUCGCAAGUGUCCCGUAGACAGAUAGACAAACAUACAUAAUUGUAAUGCAAGUAUUUAUUUAGGACAUACUAUUGUUAUAUGCCCUACCUGAUUUACAGGUAAGAGUAUCUUCUUCAAGUACCACUCUUACAAUGGAAAUAGCCUCCCAUUCUAGCAGGAUGUGUUUAAAGUCUUCAGUGGAUUCACGGUACACUGACUGGAUUCAUCAUCAGAUUACUUUAGUCCUAGAAAGUUUUUGCACAGUUGGGACUUCACCUACGAGAUCUCUUUGCUCUUUCUAGUCCAGAGUUUUGUUGAUUUUCUAUAGCAUAGAAUUUAUAAUAUGAUGCAAAGGUUACCAUGGAAAAAAUUAUUGGAUACCCACACAACAGAUGUGAACCACUGAAUGUAAUUUUGCUAGUUUUAAUAAACUGUAACAUUAAUCAAUUGUAAAUUACAUGAUAUUAAGCUUACAAUACCCAACAUGGGUUGUUUGUGGUAAUAUUUUAGUGACAGUUAAAAGAUCUCGACAACCAUAAAAUUGUGUGGACACCGUUAUUAUGAGUGAGAACACAGUGCAAUUAGUUUAAAGUGGUUAUUAACAUUUUUGUUAUUUUAUUUGGAAAUAAAUAUUGCUUUUCAAUGUUUA